ACAUGAGAGAAGAGGUGAGAAGAAGGAAGAGUGAGCGUGGGUAUUAUUGUGUCUACGAAGUUUAUGACUGAAUUAGUUGCAAGCAACAGUAUGAAAAAGAAUAAGGUGUCAGAUAUUACCGGCAAAUAGACCGCCUCUGCAUUUAGGAAAAGUAUCAGUCUUCCUUCCCUUUCUGUGGCUGCUAAUUGAUUUAACUACCUGUAAUAGACUGCUAGACAUCGUACCGCCGCUUCUACUAAGUUAUGUAUGUAUGUAUAAGUAAGUAUAUAUACUUACUUACAUAUGAGUAUAUAUAAUAUUACCUGAUAUUAACAACAACUUUUAUAAUGACAAUGUAGGAUGGUCACUGUUCUAUUGACAAGUUUUCUGUCUGCGUAUUUAUUUACUUGUUAUUAAAUAAAAUCAACUUUAAGCGAGCGAAUCAUUGGACUGUACAUGAUUAAGAUUAACCAUGAAUCCCAGUACUGAUUUGUUAGUUUUAUCGAAGUUCGGCAACCAAACAAACGAAUAAAAAAAAUUUAACAACAGGUAAUAAUACGGGAGAAACAGAAGUUGGUUUAAAAACUUCUCCAUUCUCUAUACAUUACACAUAUACAAAGAGGAGACCUGCAGUCCAGUUCUUCAAUGAUGAAAUCCUUUCGGAGAACGUCCUCUUAUUCGGAUUAUGAUAACAUACUGUUUACGGAUAAAUCCCCUGAUUUAUACAGAUUGGUGCUACAACGGCGCCACAAAAAUAAAGUAAUGGUUGGUAAACACUUGGAUAUACACUCUUGGUUGGAAAUACUUAGCCUGCAGGAGUAUUUACCUGUCUUCAAAGAUUAUGCUAGUGUUGAGGAUUUGCUGUUGUUAAAUGAAGCUGACCUGCGUGACCUUGGUGUUAAGGAUUGUACUCACAGGACAAAGAUAGUCUCAAGUUUGUGCUACCUGCGAGAUAACUAUAAGAAUUUGCCAGAUAAAAGAAAUUCUUGGAGUCAGCUGUCCAAUGCACCACCACCUCCACCGUCUUACUUCUCACCAACUAUUUAUGACAACAACCAGAAUGCAACAAAUGAGAAACUACAGCUUGAUCUACAUCUAGAGUUACAAGGGAACCCAGGAAAUUUACGGUCUUAUUCUUGGUAUCAUGGUCAGAUCAGUCGACUUGCUGCCGAACAGUUAGUUGUUGUCAAUGGUGACUACCUUGUCCGAGAUAGUGUAUCACAGCCAGGAGACUUUGUACUCUCUUGUGGUUGGCAUGGAGUCCCCAUGCACUUUAUUAUAAAUUCUAAAGUUUUAAUAGAUGGAUAUGCCGAACCUAAAAUAAUUUAUUUGCUGGAAGAUGAUGAGUUCAAUUCCAUCCCUAGUCUCAUUGAUUAUUAUGUAAAAAAUUCUAAACCUGUAACCAAGGCAUCAAAUGUAAUUCUGAAAAAAGCUAUAGCUCGGCAAUUACCUCUUAGUUCGUAUGAUAUGAAGUAUGGCUCUCCAAUGAAUAAGAAUUCUGGAUUUUAUUCAAGUACACCAAAUAUCAGCCCCAAACCUAGCCCUUUUGUGACCCCAAAUACAACUCCGCCUGGCAGUCCAACUGGAAUGAAAGACCAUCUCCACAAAAGAACUGGUAGUCAACCUGUACUCUGUUUAGAGCAAUCCAGUUGUGACGCUCCAUUUUCUCCAACUCACCUGGGUCGCUCUGACAGUGUUCCCUCAAUUGGCUACAGCUCACCUUUAUCACCAAUAGCAACCCCUACAAUGCCAUCCCCUCCAAUUCAUCACACUCGAUGUGGUAGUGAACCAAUCUUGUCACCACAACCAGUAAAUCCAACAUUCCUCACAGUGCCAGAAAAUUCCCUAAACCCAGCUUCAUCAGAGAGCAGUUUGUUUAAAGCUCCACCUCCUAAACCCAGCAGGGUCGCUUCAAUCAAAACAAAGCAACGACCUACAAUUGAAAUCCGAAAUGCUGCAUUAUAUGAUGAUGAAAUGGAUUAUAGUGAACUUGAUCAGGUUGUUGCAACACCUAGUUGGAUCAAAGCUGAUAAAAAGUUGGAAUUUACCUAUCAACAAAACCUGAAAAAUGUUUCUUCAGUUCAAGGAACAAGUACUAACAAAAAUGGUAAAUCCCUCUUAAAAAACAAAUUUCCUAGUAAAUCCAAAUUUCCAUCCGGUAAAGAUUCUAUAAAUGAAGAAUACACUGAGCAAAUUUUCGAUGUUAAUUACAUGAAAGCAAAAGAAAUCACCAUUCCAAACGAUAAAAGCUUCCGUAGAAGUUAUAACUUGCAAAAUUACUGUGGGACAUUGAUUCCUGAUGAAAACAAACCUUUAGAUGUUCAUGUAUUUUUCAAAGUCUAUGACAUAUUAAUGGACAAUCCACGACGAAUUGCUCAACAUCUUACAAAAAUUGAUGUGGAGUUUAUCCGUGUUCUUGGAGAGGAUGAUCUUGGAGCUGGAGUUCUGUCUGGUUUAGAACUGAUUACAUUACCACAAGGUUCAGUCCUCCGGCAGGAUAUUUUGGAAAGAUGUUACACUAUGCAGGUGUUUGUAGCCACAACAAUCCUCAUCUGGAACAAAAUUGUAAUGAGAGCACAAGUGUUGAGUAAAUGGAUUCAGGUUGCUACAGAACUUAAAAAUACUCUUGGAAAUUUAUUUGGCUUUGUGAAUGUCAUGGAAGGAAUUGGUCUCAAACAGGUAAAACGUCUCCGCGAUACUUGGCUGAUUCUACGACAAGAUCACACAGGCAGUGCAAUGAUUUAUGAUAAGAAGUUACGAGGUGUUCAUCAGACCCUAACGGAAGGAUCGUUUUUGCUACCCCUUCAGAAUGUCAGCAUUCCAAACAUCUUACCUGUUGUUAGCUUGAUGGAAAAAACCCUAGAAACCAUGAUGGAUAUGAUGCCUUGGGAAACAAACAAUUCUACUUUUGACUUGGAGAGCUUUUUCGUACACCUUGACACAGCAAGGUUAAUCUCUUCGCAGAUAGCUCUUUAUAAAAUGUCUAGCCAAUCACUAACUGGUGAACUUCGAGAAGCACCAGAACUUCAGGAAGUUCUAAGGACUGAAUUCCAAGUACGAUUGCUAUGGGGGAAGAAGGGGUCUGUUACAAAUCCACUGGAGCGCUAUGAGAUAUUUGACAAAAUUCUAACUGCAAUGUCCAAUCAGCGUGAAGAACCUGGUAAUGAUGGCACUGCUGUUUAACACAUAUUUAGGCAGCUCAGCUGAAGAUGAGACUUCAAACAAACAAGCACUGAUUUUUUUUUAUUAAAUCAGAGACAAUUUUUUAUUUAUUUAUGUAAUAACUAUUUUCCACCUUUUGCACAGUUAACUAUAUGUUAUAUAUAGAUAUUUAAUGAAAGUGGAAUUAAAUCUUUCAAAAUUA